AUGGCCGAGGUCGCUUCUCCCGCUCCCGCCGCCGCCCCGGCUGGCGACAAGCGGCCCCCGAAGCCCGAUGAGGAGGUCUUCAAGAAGCAGCUUGCCGCUGCCGAGAAGAAGCACGCCGACAACAUGGCCAAGUUCAACGCCAUCAAGGCCAAGCUCGACCUCGCCCAGCCCAGCAAGAGCAAGGACCAGCAGAGCCCCGCCCAGAAGCGCCGCGCCGAGCUGCUGGCCGAGGUCCAGGAGAUCCGCUCCAAGCAGGGCGCCGGCAAGAACGCCCGCAACACCAAGCUCGACCAGCUCAAGCGCCUCGACGAGCAGCUCAAGUCCCGCAUCGCCGAGCAGAAGGCCGCCCGCGGCAAGGUCAACUUCAAGAGCGUCGAGGACCUCGACCGCCAGAUCGAGCGCCUCGAGGCCGACGUCAACAGCGGCACCAUGAAGCUCGUCGACGAGAAGAAGGCCCUGGCCGAGAUCUCCAACCUCAAGAAGCAGCGCAAGAACUUUGCCGGCUUCGACCAGGCCCAGAAGGGCAUCGACGACCUCAAGGCCAGCAUCGCCGAUCUCAAGAAGACCAUGGACGACCCCGAGCAGAAGGCCCUGAGCGAGCGCUACAACCACCUCCAGGCCGAGCUCGACAAGAUCAAGGCCGAGCAGGACGACGUCUACAAGAACCUCAACGCCCUGCGCGACGAGCGCACCAAGCUGCACGCCGAGCAGCAGGAGUCGUGGGCCGCCGUCCGCAAGGUCAAGGACGACCACUACAACGCCGUCCGCGCCAACAAGGCCUACGAGAACGAGGCCCGCGCCCGCGCCCGCGAGAGGCAAAAGGCCGAGCGCGAGCGCUUCGACAAGGAGAAGAAGAAGGAGCGCGCCCAGAAGCUGCUGGAGGAGGCGUCCGACCCGGCCUACCUCGAGGAGAUCCGCAGGGCCAACGGCCUGCUCCACUUCUUCGACCCCUCCUCCUUCGCCGCCGCCGAGAAGGCCCCCCUUCUGGCCAGCAAGGGCCUGAACGCCGAGGCCUCGCGCAAGGUCGACGACGCCGGCUUCAAGGGCAUGAAGGUCGUCAAGAAGGAGGAGGAUGACUACAUGCCCCCCAAGCAGAAGGGCAAGAAGGGCAAGAAGACCGCCGCCCCUGCCGAGCAGAAGGGUGGAUUCAACUGCCCCCCUUCGGUCAUCGAGGACUGCUCUUCCAUGGGUGUCUCGCCCCCCAUGAAGGCCGAGGACGUCCCGGCCGCCAUCGAGGAGAUCAAGAAGAAGCUGGCCCACUGGAAGGAGGACCAGCAGGCCCAGACCCAACGCAACGUCGACAAGGCCAAGAAGGAGAUCGAGCGUCUCGAGGCCGAGGAGGCCGCCGAGGCCAACGGUGUCAACGGCGACAAGAAGACCGACGACAAGGUUGAGGCCGUGACCUCGGACCUCAAGGACGCCUCGUUGGACGAGAAGAAGGAGUAG